UCUGUUGGACCUCGACUAGGCCCGCCAUUUUUUCCACUUCCAGGCAACAUGCCUAAGCAACGACAGACGUGUACAAGAUGUUCGAUGCGACGUCAAAAGUGCGACCGAAAAUCGCCGUGUACGCGAUGUGUGCAGAAUAAGGAAGCUCACUUGUGUACUACGGAGUGGUCUAGUGGCUACAAUCCAGCAAUCCACCGCAAAUAUCCUAGAAAAGCAUUGCUCAAUGGAACGCGCGAGGCCGGUAUCAAACCUCAAGCGUAUUCGAGCACCACGUCGUUGCCAAACGAUGUCCACUCUCCAAUGACAAUGCCCUUCCGGAUGUCUGGAAACCUGGAACAACCGUUGCGUGACCCAUCGUAUAUUUCAGCAGCAAACUCCACAACAAGCACGGAUAGUACGUCGGGGCUUACUGCAGCCCCCUUAGAAAGCGAGGUUCUCGCCACCUACGGUCGAUCUGAAUUUGCAGAUAUAUCUGUGGCGUCUCUGCUCAGUGCAAAAGAAGAGUAUGAAUUCCAGCUGUCUCUCAGAGAGCACGCCCAGAAUGUAGGCACGGCGAACUCAUCUUCAAAAGAGAAAAGAUCCCACAGCUUCUCUCCUGCGGCCCAAUCGGUCGAGGUACACCAUCUUCAGUCACUCUUGCCUCCCAAAGAGCAGGUUCUACAGAUGAUCGAUUACCAUAGCCGCUGCAUGGCGUACUGGGUGGGAAGCGUUUACGAUGAACCGAGUUUCCGGGAAAGCGUCUUGGAAGCCUACAACGGAACGGAGCAGAUAAGUCUUUGCAAACAUGACUGGCUUUGGUCUGCACUGUUGUUCUCGAUUCUGUCUGCAAGCAUGAUCGGUUCUUCCGAAGAGAUCUCAAAGUCGUGGGGAUAUUCGAAUGCAGAAAAGAUGCGCUUGUCAAGAACUUGGGGACAUUCUCUGAUCUCAUGCCUCCAUCUGGGCGAUUUUGCUUCAAAGUACCAUAUCUACUCAGUCCAAGCCAUCUUCAACAUGCAUACUUCAGAACAUUUAGUCGGAUCAACAAAAGAAUGGGCAGUAUAUCAAGCUACAGGGCUUGUAAUCGCGCGAGGCUUAGGCAUGCACAGACUUGGCCCGCAUCCCGAGGAUGAUAUUGCACCUGCCGACAUGACCACCAAACAGAAGGAGGCACUGAAGCAGAGGGAAUACGGCAGAAGGAUCUGGUGCGGUUUGGCUUCACAGGACUGGUUGUGCUCUACAUCCCAAGGAAACUAUAACGUACAGCGACGACAUUACACAUCAAUACUGCCACGUCCUUUUGAAAAGGAGACAUGGGCGCCCGUCAAGGAUGAUAAUUCACCAGUAGACACGAUGGUGACCGUAUUCCUCCACCAAGUCGCCUACGAGCUAUCGCACUACCUCGAUGAAAUGCUCGACGCCCCUGACAUCUCCGCAAAAUACAACGUCGUCCUCAAAUACGACGCCAUCAUCCGAUCCAUCCACCUCGACAAGAUGCCCAAAUUCCUCCGUCGAUCCACACCUUACGACCCCGCGUGGGAUAAAUGGCCCUGGGUGUUCUGGGCUCGACGUUCCUACGAAGCCUCUGCCGCGCACAAAGUCAUCAUGGUCCAUCAAAGCUUCCUCGGCAAAAGCUUCAAAGACUCGCGCUACACCUAUUCGCGUUGGGCCUGUCUCAGCAGCUCCAAAGCCAUUGUCGAUGCCAUGGAGACGCGGUACCCAGAGGAACCGCAAUGGUGGAUAGAACAAGCAUUCGUCGUAACCGCCGGACUCGUCCUCGGCCUCGACCUCAUCCACCACCGCAGUAGCAGCGGCGGUGCUACAUCUGUCGAAGCCCGCGAAACGCGAUCGUACAUGGACCGCGCCAUCGCUACCCUCGAGACUUGGCCCACGAGUUCCGUCGCCUCCCACGGCGUCCGCCUCUUAACCUCUUUCAUAGACGAGCACGCUAAGCCGCCUACCGCGAAGCCUUCAGAGACGCACGUUUCAUCAGAGGAAGCUCUUAACACUACGUGUGCUCAGCCUGUUGUCAGUGUAGUAGAAGAAGCUUCCAGGAAUAUCGAUCCGCAAGCUUCGCUCCCGGUACCUGAGAUGCCCGAGCAGCAGUCAUCGUCGGCGGAGGACGACUGCUUUGUCAAUGCGAAUUGGGCGGGUAUCGAGUGGGAUGUCGACAUGAUUGAUUUCGAGGCGCUGGUCGACCCGGGGCUCAACGGACAUGUGUUUUUCGAGGGGAUGCUUGGGGUCGCUGGGGAUGAUGGUGUAGGGGCAUCGAAUCUUUCCUUCUUUUAGAUGGUUGGGGAUCAAAUGUGCAAAUGUACAUAUGUAUGCAUGGUACAGAUGUGGAGGGAAACAUGGAUGUGGUGUGUAUAAUUGUGUAUGUUGCGUUUAGAUAUACUCCGCUCCCAAUCUUACAUACGCUUAGAGCUGUUUUUUUUUGGUCGCAAUCAAAUUUCGGAUAUACAGAUUGUAUUGAGUACAAUGGAUUGCUGAUGUAACAUACAUAGGUAACUGCCAAAAAUAUCCCAUACCGCCUUGAGCUCCACUAUUCGUAAUUCAUAGAACAGAGCUUCAUCCUCUUGGCCUUGACACCUAAAAGUUAUCAAUGCACAUUGAUAUUCCUUACUU